GCUAAAAAUUAUGCUAAAAUUAACGCAUUUCAUUGGAAAACAUCAGAAAGAUAAAAAUAUUUAAUACAGCUCAAUUGUAUACUAUUUUUGAAAAAUGGGGAAAGGAGGAAAGUUUCAAAGGUCUAAAAAAUCUAAUUUUAUGAAAAAUAAAAAAAAUUACCAUAAGAAAAGUGCUCAUAAAAAGCCGAAUCGCUACAUGAUGGUGAAAAAGCAAAUUCAAGCAAAUAAAGAAUCUGAAGAUCUUUUAAAAAGGCAGCAACUCGCUGAAAUUAAAUACAAUCAGAAAAAGGAAAUCGAAGUCGAUCAUUCUUCUGACUCUGAACCAGAAGAUCAAGCUGAGAAUAAUGACUUUCAAGAACUACUUUUUACUUUAAGAUCAAAUAAGCGAACCAAUGAAGUCGAAAGUUCAGAGUCGUCGAGUGAUGAUGAAGAAGAAGAAGCUGAAGUAGAGAAAUCAGACAAUGAAGAUGAAUUAGAAGAGUCGAGUGAUGAGAAUGACUCUGAACAUGGUUCAGAAAUAGGAACAGAGAAUGAAGCAUCAGUUGAAGAAAUGAAUGUUGAUCAAACAAUUAACACUGAAUUUCUCGAUGAUUCAAUUGCACAUGAUUUAAUCAGAGAUAACGAAAGUGAUUCUGAGGGUUCUGAUUCGGAGGAAGAAAAUGAAGAGCGCAAAGACAGUAAGACGAAUAACCAUUCAAAUCCAUUUACUACUCAUCUGAAACAUGAUUUGAGUACCAAACUCUUUGAAGCUGUUUCUUCAACCCCACCAAAAAAAGAAACUAUUAAACUCACAUGGCCGACCUUAGAUAGUUUAAUUGUAGAAAUUCCUCGAGGAAAUGAUGAGCCACCAACAAAGAGGAAACAAAAAUUUUUAGGUGAUGAGGAAGUUUUCGCUAGUGAAGGUCAAGUUCCAAAACUUUAUAAUUCGAGAAAUAUAAAAGAAGAAAUUUCAAUCAAAAAGCAAAUUAUUGAAAACAUUUGUGAAGCAAAUAAAAGCGAGACGCUUACAUCGCUUCAAACAGAAAUUGUGUCAGUGGCGAGUAAUUAUCAAGAUAUUUAUUAUCCUCAUCGUACACAUCAGAAUGGGGAACAACUGAGAUUGUCCUAUUGCAUUCACACAUUAGAUCAUAUCCUGAAAACACGUCAAAAAGUUCUUCAACACAACUCAAAAAUUUCAAAACUAAAAGCUUCAAGGAAAAAUGUGAUAAUUCCUGAUGAGUUCAGAGAUCAAGGCUUCGUCCGCCCUCGUGUUCUUAUAGUGCUUCCAUUCAGAGAUUCUGCUUUUAAAGUCGUUAAUAUGUUAAUUGAUCUGUUAAAUCCUGAAGGAAAGUCAGCGACAGUUAAUUAUAAGCGUUUUGUUGACGAAUUUACUGGCGACAGUCUUCACUUUCCUAAGAAAAACCCAAAGCCAGAAGAUUACGAGCAGACAUUUUCAGGCAAUACCGAAGAUACAUUCAGAGUUGGACUUUCACUUACAAAAAAAUCAAUGAAACUCUACACGCCAUUCUAUUCCUCGGACAUUUUAAUUGCCUCUCCAUUGGGCCUUCGUUUGAUUAUUGGUGCACCUGGAGAGAAAGAUCGCGAAUAUGAUUUUCUUGCAUCAAUCGAACUUCUUGUAUUAGAUCAAAUGGAGUUGUUUCUUGCUCAGAAUUGGGAUCAUUUGCUAUAUGUCUUUGAUCAUCUUCACUUGCAACCACAAUCACGUCAAAAUACUGACUUUUCAAGAGUUAGAUCUUGGUGCUUGAAUGGUUGGUCGAAAUUCUACCGUCAAACUUUACUCUUUUCAUCUUACGAUCUACCAGAAUUUCGAUCGCUCUUCAACAAUCGAUGCCAUAAUUAUCAAGGAAAAGUUCGAACAGCAAAUGUUGUUAAAAAUGGAAGCAUUCGACAUGUCAUCAUGGAAAUUCCACAAAUAUUUCAUAGAAUUGAAGUAAAAUCAUUAGAAUCGUCAUUUGAUACGAGAUUCGAGUACUUUUCAAACACAAUUCUUCCACAAUUCAAAGCAGCUACGAUGGCUCAUUGCAUGAUUUACGUUCCAAGUUACUUCGAUUAUGUGAGAAUAAGAAAUUAUAUGAAAAAGGAAGAAAUAAAUUUCACACAAAUUUGUGAGUACACGAAAGAUAAUAAAAUCUCACGAGCACGAACGUUAUUUUAUCACGGAGGUUCUCACUUCUUGUUGUACUCUGAACGAGCGCAUUUCUUUCGUCGUAUGAGAAUCAAAGGCAUUCGCCAUAUCAUCAUGUAUCAGCCUCCAAUGUGGAAUAAUUUCUAUCCUGAAAUUAUAAAUUUGAUGCAGGAAAUCAAUCAAAAUCCUCGUGAUGAUGUUGUCAAUAAUUCAAUGUCAAUUACUGUUCUCUACACGAAAUAUGACAUUCUUCAACUGUCAGCGAUCGUUGGACAUGACAAUGUCGCGAAAAUGCUUGCAUCAAAGAAACAAACUAAUAUGUUUAUGAAUAAUGAGUAAAUUGAUGAUUAGAAAUAAUAAUAAAAUUAAUUCUGAUAUUUUUUUUAUCAUUAAACUAAA